UUUGGCACGAGGGCGGUUUGAGUAGAUAUAAGGAAUUUAUUCAUAUUUUUAUUCACGUUUAUGAAUCUUUUGAAAAAAAAAAACCACUUGAGUUUUGAUUUAUAAUAUAAAUUUUGCGUUUCUUCGAUAAACCAUAAACGAAGUGAAUUCCGCAUCAAUAAAUGUAUGUGACACACAAUAAAUGGACGCUAAUUCUGUCGUUCGAUCUUGAGAUAAGUCGAUGUGGUAAAUCUACGUUAUCACGAAGAUAACAAUAUUAAAAAAGAAUUGUUAGCAUUCAGUGUGAAAUUAUUGCGCAAUAAGUUGAAAGAAAAAUUAGCCAAGAAUAACUGUGCAAAUAUUUUCGGAAAUUUACGGCCAAGUAUCUUUUGAUAAAUACCAAAAAUUACAAUCACAAUAAAAACAAUUUUACGGGAAAAGGAUUUAUCAGCGAAACAUCGAGUUGAAAAUUAGUAUCAAGAUGACAACAAACGAAGCUACAAUUGAUAUGGGACCAGGUACACAUGCCGUACCUUUGUCACUGUUUCGUGACAAUCGAUUGCGUGUAUGCAACGCAUUAAAAACCAUUCCGAAUAUCGGCGAUGACAAGACGUACAUACUCCUUCAAGGCGGCAAUUCAAUUAAUUUCUACAAUACCGAUACCGAAUACGUUUUCCGGCAGGAGCCAUUCUUUACCUAUUUCUUUGGUGUACGAGAGCCGGAAUUUUAUGGUGCUGUUAAUGUGUUUACGGGAAAAUCAACACUUUUUGCACCAAGAUUGCCGCAAGAAUAUGCCACCUGGAUGGGCACACUAUGGACACCCGAUGAUUAUAAAAAUCGUUAUUGUGUCGACGAAGUGCGUUACGUGGACGAGCUCGAUGCAUUCUUCACGGAACACAAGGCAUCCAAAUUAUUAUUGUUGAAAGGUAAAAACUCGGACAGCCACCUUGUUAUUCAACCGGCUUCAUUCGAUGGAAUCGAUAAGUACAAUUGCGAUGUGGACACUUUAUAUCCGGUGGCUGCUGAAUGUCGUGUGAUUAAAUCGCCAGCUGAAAUUGAGGUCUUGCGUUACGUAGCCAAGGUAUCAUCCGAUGCGCACAAGCUUGUCAUGAAAAAAAUGAAACCGGGAAUGAAAGAGUAUGAAGGUGAAUCGCAAUUUUUGCAUCAUUCAUAUGCGGUCGGUGGUUGUCGUCACGUUUCGUACACGUGCAUUUGUGGCAGUGGACGAAAUGGUUCGAUUCUUCAUUAUGGUCAUGGUGCUGCACCAAAUGAUAAAGUUGUCCAUGAUGGUGAAAUGCUUUUGUUUGAUAUGGGCGCCAAUUACUUUGGUUACGCAGCCGAUAUUACGUGCAGUUAUCCGGUUAAUGGAAAAUUCACCGACGAUCAACGUCUGAUUUAUAAUGCCGUUUUGGCAGCAUGUCAAGCCGUUCAUGAUAAUGCAAAAGCUGGCGUCAAUUGGGUGGACAUGCAUGAACUGGCCAACCGGGUGAUGCUGAGCAAAUUGAAAGACGGCGGUCUUCUGCAAGGCGAUGUUGAUGCCAUGAUCGAAGCCGGAAUCAAUGGGGUCUUUCAACCACAUGGAUUGGGCCAUCUGAUUGGUAUUGAUGUUCAUGACGUUGGUGGUUAUUUGGAUGAUUGUCCACCACGUCCAACUCGAAAGGGAUUCACUUCGCUUCGUUUUGCACGAAAUCUAAAAGCUGGAAUGUAUGUCACCUUUGAACCAGGCUGUUAUUUCAUUAAGCAUUUACUCGAUGAAGCAUUGAAAUGUCCAGAAAAGAGCAAAUUCUUGGUUGCCGAUCAGUUGAAGCGUUUUGAACAUUUCGGCGGUGUUCGCAUUGAAGAUGAUGUUCUAAUCACUGAAAAUGGCUGUGAAAAUUUUGCCAUUGUACCCCGAACUGUUGAAGAAAUCGAAGCGUGGAUGGCUUCAUAGGCGACGAUGACUGAAACUCUUCCAAAUAGCUAAUUUUUCAUUUUUUUUUUUCACUUUUCUAUGCAAAUGAUUUAAAUCAUUACAAUUAUAUUAUACAAUUGCUGUAAUGAAAUAAAAAUAUUGUUUAUCAAAUGGUUAAAUUUCUUUA